AUGCUCACAGUAUUUUUAUUCCCUUCAUAUCUGAGUCUCUUCAUAUCCAUCUAUCUCACUCAGUUUAUAUCUAUUUCUGUUCCUAUCUAUCUAUCUAUCUAUCUAUCUAUCUAUCUAUCUCCAUUUUUACAUAUCUACCUAUUAAUCUCAUUCCCUUCAUUAUCUAUCUAUCUAUCUAUCUAUCUAUCUAUCUAUCUAUCUAUCUAUCUAUCUAUCUCCAUUUUUACAUAUCUACUUAUUAAUCUCAUUCCCUUCAUUAUCUAUCUAUCUAUCUAUCUAUCUAUCUAUCUAUCUAUCUAUCUAUCUAUUUCAAUCUUUCAUUCUGUGUUAUUCGUUGCAGUGUACCUGAUAAAUAUAGUAAAUUUUAAAUUAUCUAUCUAUCUAUCUAUCUAUCUAUCUAUCUAUCUAUCUAUCUAUCUAUCUAUCUAUCACCCAAUUUGUGAUUUUAUACGCCCUGGUGAAGAGAAUAUUGUCUACGUUGACUAUUCCUAA